AUGGAAGCCUUUACUGAAACCACAAAAAACAAUGGUCAUUCUCGCUCAAUCAGCUUACCUUCCAUCCCAACCCCUUCAGCCGUAAAUGUAGAGGAGCUCCUGUGCAGAAUAAGGUCGUCAGAUGCCACAUCCACUUCAUCACUAUGCAACAAACUAAAUGGCCUUAAAGACUUGUAUAAAUGUCUUGAUAAUUUGAUUCAGUUACCAAUUAUGCAUUCUAGUGAUUCUGAGGAAGUUCUUGGUGCAUCUAUUAGGCUGUUGGAUCUGUGCAACACAACGAAAGAUGCAUUCUCACAAAUGAGAGCCUCUGUGCAAGAUCUUGAGUCAGCUCUUCGAAGAAGAGAAACUGAUAUGUCAAGCAAACUCAGAAGCUAUUUAUUAUGUAUGGAAAAGGUCAACAAAAUGGUUUCUAAAUGCCUGUAUCAUUUGAAGAAAUCGCAAAAUAGGAAAAGCAAUCAGACUUCUACUGUUGUGAUCCUCCUGAGAGAACUAGAAGAAGUCAGUGCAACUAUGUUUCAGUCCCUUUUUUCAUCAACCGUUCCAUCAAAACAGAAUCUGUGGUCAAUGGCUUUCAAAUCAACACAAUCCAAGCGUGUGCACGGAGUCAGUGAAGGCAAUACCAAUGAAGCUCAGAAUAUGCAAAUGGAUAUUAAAGCAAUUUACAAGCAGAAAAUAGACAUGCAAUCAGAUUCCUUGAUGAUACAAGAAAUACAGAAGGGUUUGAUGGCACUUGACAUGAACUUGCAACAAUGUGAGGGGGAUUUAGACUGUAUUUUUAAAUCUUUGAUCAGGACUAGAGUCUCUGUUCUUAAUGCGCUCAACCGUUAG